CAGCUUCUGAACAAGUAAGAUCUUAAGAACUUAGAGGCGGACAUCUCACAUCAAAGAACAUCACGAUGAACAGAUAUCUGUGGAGCUGUGCAGCAUUAUUGACUCUGUUUGUUACAGUUGAGUCCCUUUCCUGCUACACCUGUGAUGAGGGGAUCCUCGGCUACUGCCUCGUCCAGGAGGCUGUAAAUUGCACCAAAACUCAGGACAAAUGCUACGUUGCAGUUGCCAAGUUUUCUUCGGACCUGCUCGAUAUCCAUGAACGAGGCUGCACAAACAGCUCCGGCUGUGAUAACAGUCGUGGGAGCAUUCUGAAUGUGAACUACACCAUCAGCAGGACCUGCUGCAACAGCACCCUCUGUAACACAGCGGCCGGUCCAGAGCUGCCGCUCACUGCAGCUCUGGCUGCUUCUCUGCUGGCAGUUUGGAGCCAGUGGGGCCUUUAAAGACGACUAUAGCCGGAAGAAAAAGCGUUGCUGCACAUUUUAAUUGAAAAAUUCCAUCUUUUUUGUUCUGUAAUUUCUGUGUCCACAGGAUAUAUCAUGGAGGGAUACUGGCUGCAUAACUCUUCACAGCAUCCUGUGAGGAUACAGUUGUUACUGUAAUAUACAUUAGUAUCUCUUCACUGUAUCAGGACUUAAUUUCUAUCUAUGUAUUUCUCAUUUUUAACACCUCAUUAAUGUCAUUUUAAAACCUUUACCUGCAUGA